ACAUUGCAUUAACACCUACACGAGACCAUCCUUCAGAAGAUGCUGAUGCUCUGAUUCCCAUGCCGAACAAAUGGGAUUUUGUCCUAGUAUGUGACGAUCACAAAUCCUUCAGUACAAAGAGGAUCAAGAAAGAAGAGUUCUUGGAAGAACUGCGUAAGAAAGGAUUCAUUAUCAAGACAAUUAAAGACAAAAAGCUAUUUCAUGGGAUCCGUGCCCCAAGUUCAGCUAUCCGAAAAUAUAAGUGCCUUAUGGGUGAUUCUGACUAUGAAUUGGGGGGUCUGAGUGUACAGUCAGAAGAGCAGCACCAGGAAAUGACUUGUACAAGGAUACGUAUUGUCUACUUUAUCCUGCAGACCACAGAGAUAUCAUCAAAGCGUAUGCAAUUAUUCUUUUUCUUCACUGUUUCUAUAAUGCUGUCAGUGUAUCUUUCCCUUCCAGCUGGUAUGUGCCAGUGUGAGACUUGAGAAGUCAUGUUCUGAUUUGUACUCAGGGCCAAACUAUAUAAGAUGGUAAUAAUCUGUGACCAGAACUCUGAUCAUUUAAAAUUUCUAUUAAUAGGAUGCGUAA